GAUGGUUUAUUCUUGAAAUGAAAAAAGAAGAAGAAGAAACCUUUAUUAUCCAAAUAGCAAAGCCAAAGAAACGAGUACGAAGUUAGGAAUCGAAGGUCGAAAGAAUCUAAGCAUGGCGCAGGUGCUGUAUAUGGCUUUACCUGUCCCCGCAAAACCCCGCAAAGCUGCAUUAUCAUCUUCUUCUUCCAAGCCAUUGAAGUUUCCCCGUAGAAGCCGCAGCACCAACAUAUCCAUUCCCACCACUUCCAAAGGCAGUGGCAAACGUUUGCUCAAACCCCAGAAGCUGAAUUUAGAGGUUUCUCCUCAUAGAGCUGUUUCAGCGGUGAGGUUGAUGCGAAUUGAGCUCGGUGGUGCUUUUGCUGACCUUCUCAACGAGAAAGGGAAAGGUUCUGGUGAAAACGAGAUGGGGUAUGUUCAAAGAACGCUCGGUUUUCGCACUCGGGAGUUGAGUCAUCACGACCUUAGAUUGGUCACAGACAUUGUUGGUGGCACAAUUCGCUGGAGAAGAUAUCUUGAUCAUCUGAUCAAUUCACUAUGUCAUGAUAAAGAUAUAUCUAGCAUGGAACCUCUUCUCUUACAGAUUCUACGAAUUGGCUUCUAUGAGGUUGUCAAAUUGGACAUGCCACCUUAUGCUGUUGUAGAUGAGAACGUGGAGCUUGCUAAAGUUGCUCUCAGACCUGGGGCUGGCAACAUGGUCAACGGAAUCCUCCGAAAGCUAGUUGUGCUUAAGGAGAACGGUACUCUUCCUUUGCCCAAAGUGGAGGGUGAUGACCGUGCUCAAGCACGUGCGUUGGCAACUCUGCACUCACAUCCAGUUUGGAUGGUAAGGAGAUGGACAAAGUAUCUCGGCCAGGAAGAAGCCAUUAAAUUGAUGAUAUGGAACAACAGUGAGCCCAGUUUCAGCUUAAGAGCAAAUCGUGCAAGUGGUUUUUCAAGAGAUGACCUUGUAGCACAGCUUAAUGAAUUGAAGGUCCCACACAAGCUUUCAUUGUAUUUAGAUGAAUUUGUUCGUAUCAAAACUGGGUUGCAGAUUGUCAUUCAUGCUGGUCUGCUCAAAAAGGGUUUAUGUUCAGUUCAGGACGAAAGUGCAGGUCUAGUAAUUUCUGUUGUGGAUCCUCAACCUGGUGAAACUAUCGUCGAUGGCUGUGCUGCUCCUGGUGGGAAGACCCUCUACAUGGCCUCUCAUUUAAGUGGCCAAGGCAAGGUAUUUGCAGUUGAUGUAAAUAGUGGUAGGUUGAGAAUUCUUAAAGAGACAGCAAAGUUGCACCAAGUGGAUGGUGUCAUUACCGCCAUUCAUGCUGAUCUUCGCACAUUGACUGAUAAUGGACAACUUAAGAGUGACAAAGUUUUGUUGGACGCUCCAUGUUCUGGACUUGGUGUUCUAUCCAAGAGAGCGGACUUGCGCUGGAACAGGAAGCUUGAGGAUAUGGAAGAACUGAAGAAAUUACAAGAUGAGCUCCUGGAUGCAGCAUCCAAAUUGGUAAAACCUGGGGGAGUAUUAGUUUACAGUACAUGCUCCAUAGAUCCUGAAGAGAACGAUGACAGGGUGGCUGCAUUUCUUGUAAGACAUCCGGAUUUCCGCAUUGAUCAUGUAGACAGAUUUGUUCCUCCUGAUUUUGUGACAAGCAGUGGUUUCUUUUUCUCUAACCCCGUUAAACAUUCACUAGAUGGUUCCUUUGCUGCUCGUUUAGUACGUGAUCCAUAGAACUUCUGGGAAGGAAUCCUUUGUGGAUUUAUCGCCAAAUAUAUACAGUUUGGUGAAAAAUGAAGAGGCUGCUUAUGAGUUGUGGCUGUUCUGGUAUAUCUCUCCAUGUGUUCAUAAAUUGAAAUCAAGCAUUUACCCUGCAGUGGGAUACUGCACUUCCAGAACAGGCAUUCUGAUUUCUCCUCAAAGAUAUGCGAAGAAUGAGAUUGUCAGCAGGUUCUAUUUCACCAGGAACUCUGGAAGAAUGAUGAACUGAUGAUCCUUAAAACAAGUACGGAUAGGAUUUCUGAGUGGAAAGUCCAAGCUUCAAAGAUUUCUCCAGCAUAAUUACUGCAGUUUCAGGAGAUUACUUUGAGAGUAAUGUUACCUUGGAAUGUUGUCUUCUAGGAGUGUUUGUAGCUUGAUUUAGUUCAGUUUUGUAUUAAAAAGGCAUUUGAAUCAAACAUCAGAUAUAAUGUAGUUUGAUUCGGUUUUAAUUUAAUAUAAAAUCUGAAUCAUACCAAAUCAAUUUUUCAAA